AUGAAUUUGGAUGUGCAUGAGCCUAAAAUUGGUGGCAAAGUUGCCCCAAGGGUUACUGGUCCUGGAUCUCCACGUAAGGGUGCACCAAAUUUCAAACAGAGGAGCAGCCGACAGUUCAAGAGUAAACCUCCCAAGCAGGGUGUCAUUGGGUUUGGAGAGGAAAUCCCUGGAAUGGAAGGCCUUGGGACUGUUAUCACCGUGAUCUGCCCAUGGGAGGCGUAUAGUCAUCUGGAGUUGCAUGAAUUGGCUCAGUAUGGCAUCAUCUGUGUCUCCUCACUGUAAAUAAAUUUUUUAUUGAUCAAAGGGAAUGAGGCGAGACUACACUCAACUUCUAUACUUGCUCCUUUUCAGUGGUGGGCCACGCACAAAUGGACUAGCACACAAAUACAUUUCAAUCAGACAACUCACAUGCAGGAGUACUUAUUGCAGCAGCAGUGCAUAGUUAAAAAUUUGGCAUGUGGGAUCCAACAUCAUCACUCACAGCAGGACUGAUGAUUGGAUAUACAUGUUUUCCUCCCAGCAGGAGUCCAAAGACUGCAACACUGGAAUCAUUGACAGGUGGAGAAGACAGUUGGGAAAUUUGUACCUGAAAUUGCCCACCUAGUGUGGAGGGAGUGUUUAGUUGAUUAUGCACAGAGUGUGUAUGGUUGCUUAUGUGGAUAGUAUCUCAGACCAUGUGGAGCAUGAGGCAUGCCAGUGCAUAUAGUGCACAAGUUGGCUGCCUAAACUUACUCGCAGGUGUUGCUCCACAUUUGCAUAUCAAUGGAUGCAGUUUUGUCUAAGCUUUUUAUUCUUUAUUUAUUUUUUUAUAAAAUAAAUAUUUUUUUCAUACUCUGAAGGUGACAUUUGAAUGCAUGC